UCUCAAAAUUCAAUGUGUUUCUUCAGUGAUUGUGUGGCAACAAAUAGUUGAAGUGUGUUCGUCGAAGACAUCAUGGCUGACAUUAACAAGUUCAACGCGUGGAGCUCAAAUUUAAUAGACGAGUUCCACGGUAUGGUACAGAAACAUCAUCUGUCAUUGGACAAUUUCUGCCGUGUCGGAACCAUGCUGGAAGCUGCUGGGAAAAUUUACGGAUUCAGGGUCGAUAGCGUGCAUGCCGAAGUCAUUCGCAUGUCCAGUGGCAUCCGGCGAGAGAGCCUCGGACAAAGUUUCAUGGAUUCGACCGCAACGAGCGACUUGCCAGCUGAUAUCAGUGCUCAGUAUAUUCAACCGAUUCGGCGAAGACGUCUGGCAUGCGCAACCGUUGUCGGAAAUGGAGAUUCCAUCAACGCACCAUUACAAAUCUUGGAAGAACUGAAGUGUCCGUUGGAUCGUAUGAUUGGAACCGACGAAAUAUCGGCGAGAAGUCUUUUUCAACAAGUUUUGUGUUCCGAUCGCUACGCAUGGACAUUGCAAUCAAAUCACAAAUUUUGGAUGGAUCGGAAUGUGGUGAAUGGAUUGGAUGGAUUCAAUGAGUUGGACGUAGCAAAUGUGGACUUGUCGGUGCUGAAUUGGAUUCCAUCAAUAGCCGAUGUUGUCAGACCGAGGCUGUGCGGGUAUCAAUUGGCGAAUACACCGCGCGACCAUUUUCGUUACUUCGAAUCAUUCACUACCGUCACAUUAAACCGGCCGGAUUUGCAAAUCAUCCACCAGCCUGUGGAUCUGGAUAUAGAUGUCCCACUCACCACCGCUUCAUUGAACCAUCCGGAUGUGGAACACAAUUAUCAGCCUGUGAAUGUAUGUGAUGAUCAUGUGCCACUGAGCAAUUUCGAUCCAGCAUCGCCGAACAAUUUAGAGUUACCGGUGCCUACGAUUGGUGUUCCACUCUCCACUGCUACAUUGAACCAGCCGGAUUUGGAAGGCAACGAUGUGGAUAUGGAUUUACAUUUCGAUAUAGAUGUCAAUCCGGCACCAGUGAACAAUUCAGAGCGAACGAUGCCCGAAAUUGGUGUUUCAUUCGACGAAGACGAUCGAAAUGCGUUACGUCGAUGUAGUGUAUUACGUCCGAACACUUCUGUAGCUGAUGACCUGCGACCAUUGACUUCAACUCCGCUGUCAUAUUCGUAUCGUCGUCUCAGCGAUGUCCCAUUAUCAACUGAUGCUGGACAUUGGACACUGCCAUCCAUAAUGCACUCGAGCAGCGAGGAACGUGCAACAACAAGACGACGUAGACGCAGAAAGAUUGUGAAAAAGGAUGAACCGGUUCUCUUAACACAUGCACCUAGCGAUAGCGUCGAACAGAAUUUCAUGUCGGUGGAUGAUUCACGAACCAAAUCGAUUCGGAAAAGUCAUCAAGACAAGUGGAAAUUGACAAAUUUAACGAUGCCAUCGAGAAUGGGCCACUCCACGGCGGUGAAUUUUUUGCCAUUGAUGCUCGGUUGUGAGAGAGAACCGACUGAAGAGACUGCAUCGGAUGCCGUUAUCGAUUCGGUCAGAGAUAAUGAGGCCGAAUUUCAAGCUGAUGAUGUGGAUGAAGGCAUGGAAGUCGACAUGGAUCCGGUCGUUGUGACUCCAGCAAACAUUUCAGUUGACACUGAUGUCGAGAUGUCUAUUGAGGGGGCACCACCGAAUGUGGAUCACGUCUAUGCUAUUGUGCCACCGAUGCCUCAAACACCGUUUCCGAUCACACGACCGAAUGUCAACGUGAAAGCGAUCACCAAACAAUGCCUGGAAAUAAUCUGUGCACUGGAGGCAGCCGGUGGUGAACCAACAUUCGGCGAGGUUUAUAGACAAUUGGAAGCCGAUGGUGAAACAAGAACGCCAGCUCUAGUCUUUUCGUCCAUUCUGGAGCUAGCCAACCGAAAUAAUUUCCGACUGGAGAAAAUCGGCGACACAAACGAUUUCGUCAUCAAGCGAAUUUGAAAAAUAUUUUCGCGGUUUGUUGAAUGGCCUGUGUAGUGGAGAAUUGUCCGUUCGGGCUGUUCUCGUUUUUGUAGUUUAAAUUUUUGGAUUUUUUCCGUGAUUCAAAACGUUGAGGGUAAAGUCGUUUUUGUAGUUCAAUUUAUUGUUGAAGAUUGUUGAUAGUUGUUGUGCAAUUUAUUUAAUUUAAGUUAUUUAUCGUAUGCAUGCUAGCCAUCGUAAGCCAUCUUAAAACCGUCAUGGUCGUUGUUAUUAUUGGUAUAAACCUCCAAAUAAAUUAAUUUUUUUU